AUGGCGCAGGCACAUGGCACCUACGACCCCAAAUUCGAAGGCGUUUUUGCAAAGUUCAAGCAAUUCCUGGAGACUGGGCAGGAAGUAGGGGCUUCCCUGACUGUCAAUAUUGAUGGCAAGGAUGUCGUCAAUUUAUGGGGAGGGUUUGCCUCCAGUGAAGGCACUCGCCCGUGGAAUGAAGACACCAUCGUCAAUGUCUACUCAACCACCAAGACCAUCUCCGCACUGGCCGUCCUACUACUCAUCAACGACGGCCAGCUGUCACCAUAUGAAAAGGUCUCCAAAUACUGGCCCGAGUUUGCUGUGAACGGGAAACAGGACAUUGAAAUCCGGCAUUUGCUUUCUCACACGUCGGGCCUCGCAAUCAUCGAAGCCCCUGCAACGAUGGACGAGCUCUGCAACGUCGAGCUCAUCACCGCGAAGCUCGCAAAACAGGCACCUCGCUGGGAGCCCGGCUCAGCCUCGGGAUAUCACAGCUGGACUUAUGGCUUCCUACUAGGAGAGGUUGUCCGCCGCAGGACAGGCUUGAGCCUGACAGAGUUCGUCUCGCAGAGGAUUGCAGGUCCUCUCGAUGCCGACUUUCAGAUCGGCGCGGCCGAGGAGGAUUGGCCUCGCAUCGCGGAGCUGAUCCCGCCGCCUCCGUCUGCCAUGGCUGAGAUGGCCAAACUCGGCCCGGAAUCAAUGAUGGCCAAAAUGCUGUAUCCCCUUGCAGAAGCAACAUUUUCUCGCACCCCGCAGUGGAGGAAGGCUGAGAUUGGAGCCGCGAACGGACACACAAAUUCGCAAGCACUCGCUCGAAUCUGGUCGAAUGCGCUCACCAUCGGUGACGAGAGCAAGAGGCUUCUCUCAAAGGACACGAUCGACCUCAUCUUCAAGGAGCAGUCAUAUGGGCCGGACUUGUGCAUGGGGAUUCCUGUUCGGUUCGGCAUUGGCCUGGGUAUCAGGGGCAACGGGGAUGCCAUCAUUGACUCGUGGAUUCCCGAGGGCAGAAUCUGCUUCUGGGGAGGCUGGGGCGGUUCCAUGGUCAUCAACGAUCUGGAUCGUCAUAUGACGAUUGGGUAUGCGAUGAAUAAAAUGGAGACGGGUACCGCGGGAAACACUUCUGUGAGAGCCUACGUGGAAGAGAUUUACAAAGCUCUGGGCACUUCUCCACCCACUAAAGAGACUGUGGAUGGUCAUUUGUGA